AUUUGUCAGAUAGAAUCGUUCCGAUACAUAUCCCGAUCAGUAGCGGCGACAACCAUGACUCAGUUGAGGGAUUCAUUCAUAGCGCUGAUUCUCGUUACUGGUCUGGUUUUCUCAACCUUAUCCGCAGGAGCAAACGCCCAAUCUUACCUUGCCAUCAAAGCAAAAGCAGCCAGACAAGCCGCUAACGACGCGGACGCGCUAGCGAGUGCUGCGAUAGCGGACUACAACGACAAGUUCAAGGCGGAAGCCGCGUUACAAAAAAUACUCGACGAUGCGAACGCGGAUUUGGCCGCCGCGCAAACGGACCUCGCGAAUAAAAAAAAGCAGCUCGACGACGCGAGGGCGAACGCGGAGCCAGCGCGCCAAGACAUGAUAAAGUCACGAAAGACGUUGCAAGAGGUGCAGCUAUUCUCCGACGAUCUCGAGAUGGAGGCGGAAGAGGCGGCGAGCGACGAGAAGGAGGCGGCGAAAGACAUCGCGGACGCGCAGGCGCGCUCCGCGCUGUCCGCGCAGCUUCUCGCGGAGCAGAACACGAUAGUUAAGGAAGCCACCGCCGAUUCCACGUUCUACGCGCGGCAGGCGGCGAAGCUCAAGACGCCCGAGGCGCGGACGCGGGCGGUAGACGCGCAGACGAUCCGCGCGCAGGCCGUGCGAAUCCAGGCGGAUGUCGUGAAGCAGGCGCAGCGCGCAAUGGAGCGCGUGGCGAAUCGGCAAUCCGAUUGGACGGCGUCGAAACGGGACAAAGCGGACAUGAGAGCAAUGGCUGACGAGCAGAAGCUCGUGCUGAGUAAGGCGAAAAAGGACGCGGACGACGCGACUGGACUCUACUUCAAGUACGUUAACGACGCGAAGACGUUACCGUCAGCUGUCAAACAGCUGACGGUGAAAGCGACGGAGGCGGCUAAGGCCGUGAGAGAUAACAAGGCCCCGCUUGCUCAAGCCGCGGCGUUCCGCGCUCAGGCGGAAGCGAAGUCUAAGGUGCUCAAGGCGCGCGCGGAGACGUUCAGGGCGGCUGCGCAGCAGGCGGAAGCGGACUCCGCCGCUUACGACAAGGCGCACUCCCCCGACUGGAAUACGGGCAAGGGAAGCGGCAACGGUAACAGCAACAGCAACGGCAACAGCGACAACAAUGGCAACAACAACGGCAACGGCAACACUGGCAGCAGCGGCAGCACUGGCACUAGCAGCAGCGGCAGCAGUGGCAGCAGCAGCAGCAAUGGCAGCACUAGUAGCAGCGGCAGCACCGGCAGCAGCAGCAGCAGCAAUGACAGCACUAGUAGCAGCGGCAACACUGGUAGCAGCAACAGCAAUGGCAGUACACGUAGCAGCAGCAGCAGCGGCCACGGCAACAACAAGUAAUGGCCAUAAGGCCAGAGAAGCAUAAAGCAACAUAAUACAG